UUGGGAACAUCAUUUGUUAUUGCUCCACUGAAGUACAAAGACGUGAUCCGACCAGUCCAAACAACAGCGAAGAAGAUGAAGGCGAAAACAUCACACGGGCCAAGACUGAUAUUGGUGGCUCCGGCAAAAGAGUGUAACACUGUUGACAACUCAAUCUGCCAAUUCGUAGGGAUCCGAACAUUCCCGCGUCUCUACACAAUAGAGCCGGGGCUAGUGAGAGACGAACAGAUUCAGUACAAUGUGGUUGACGACUCCGACGAUGUUCCCAAGAGUGAGACGGAUGAAAUAAAUGAUAAGGAGGAGGUGCUUGGCAAUGUUGACAUUGCGACAGACAACAUGGUAGACAACAACGAUGUUGGCACUAAGAGUGAGAUGGCCCCAACAAUCGAAAAGGAGAUGGAAGGCGAGAAUAACACAGGAGCAAGCGAUAAAGCUGAUGACACACUAUGUAAUAAAGAAAAUGAAAUUGCAGAGGAUGCGAAAAAGAAAACCAAAACAGGUCUUCUGAAAAAGGUUAAAAAUGUGUUCCGGAAGAUGAAACGAAAAUUCACGCCAACACUCAAACCAAAAACAUCCUGGUCGAUUCAAAUACCCGGCGUUCAUAUAUACACUCUAGGAUAGGGUGACUUAAACAGACAUUUAGGCAACAAUGUCAGAGGAAUGCAGUACCGGCUAGAAGCACUUCCCAAACAGUUCGAAAUGUGGGGGUGAAGAAAGGGUGGGGUUGAAAAGAUUUUAUUGGAGAUUGGAAAGUGUAUUGCAGGGGGUUAUUUAAAUUGUUUAUUAGAGUUUCGGUUUUAAUUUUUGCCAUACUUGGAGUUUGGAAAGUGUAUUGCAGGGGUUUAUUUAAAUUGUUUAUUCUUCCAUUGAAUUUUUGCCAUACUUGGAGGGGGGGGGGGUUGGUAGAGUUGCUGUAAUCACAAGGCGAUCACCGGAAGUGUCCAGAUGGCUAUCAACCCAUCUGCAUUGGGGUUCAACUCCUCAUGCGUCAAUUCCAUCGUGAUUACAGUGACACGUUUCGGCUAGAGUUUUUUUCGAAAUUUUUCUUACAUCAAAAUUAUAAAGGGAAGGGAAGGAAGGGAGGGGGUGGCGGUAGCUUAUUA